AUGGAAAAUUCUUCUUGUGAAAUUGUUUUUUCCCUCAAUGGAUUGAACGACACAAGAACAAACAAACUGAUUUAUUUUUCCUGUUCAUUUCUCAUCUACCUGUUCACAAUUUUUGUGAAUAUGACUCUGGUUGUGACUGUCAUGCUGGACAGGGUUCUGCAUGAGCCCAUGUACAUCUUCCUGUGUAAUCUGUGUGUCAAUGGGAUUUAUGGUGCUACAGGUUUCUACCCCAAGAUUCUGCUGGACCUCUUAUCAGAUUCACAUAUUAUCUCAUACAAUGCAUGUGUAACUCAAAUUUUCGUUGUCUACUCUUUUAUUCUAUGUGAGCUCGCCAAUCUAACAGUAAUGGCUUAUGACAGGUAUGUUGCAAUCUGUAACCCACUGCAGUAUCACCCUAUUAUGACCCCUGGGAAUGUGGGGAAAUUGUUGCUUGUGCCCUGGCUGUUGUCUUUUGUUGAGAUUUUAAUUGUAGUUCUUCUAAUGGUCAGGUUGCCUUUGUGUGGGUCCAAGAUAAAUAAGCUUUAUUGCACAAACUGGGAUGUAGUGAAGCUCUCCUGUGUAGACACCAGUGUGAAUAAUCUAUAUGGAUAUGUAUUAGUCAUCUCUCAUUUCAUCCAAGCACUGCUGAUUGUAAUCUCCUACUUCCACAUCAUCAGGACAUGUGUGCGAUCGAAAGCAGAACAGAGCAAGUUCAUGGAGACCUGUCUGCCCCAUCUGAUCACUCUGAGCAGCUUCAGUCUUUCUGUUGUGUUUGAUGUCUUAUAUGCACGUUAUGGAUCCAGCAGCAGCCUGCAGGGUCUCCAUAACUUCUUCUCCAUAGAGUAUCUGAUCAUCCCUCCCCUGCUGAACCCCCUCAUUUAUGGCAUUAAGCUGAAGCAGAUUCGUUUUAGUGUCUGGAGGCUGCUCAGCAGGAAAACGAGGGAUGUCCUGGAGGAGAUGUCUCUGUCCAAGAACUCUCACCUCGGGGAAGAGGUCAGCAUCCCAAGUCUCUGCCAACCUGGCACCGCGACUUCACCCGAGCAUGUGCCCAAAGCCACUGCCACUUUGCCCGAGGGUGCGCCUGCUCCCGUGGUUCCUACUCCGGCUCCAGUCCCCAAGGUUCCUAUUCCAGUUCCUGUGCCCCAGGCUCCUGUUCCCGAGGAGGUCCGUGACUGUCGGACCACCGGUCCUCCCACCUCGGUGAAGGUGGAGGAGGAGCUCGAGUGGGACCCCUCAGGGAUUUCCCUGACUACUGUACCAAUGGACCCCUCCGGUGGGAAGUCCUGA